UCAUAGAGUAUAUUUUUGUGUGAUUGGUGUAGUUUACAAGUAUAAUUGAUGUUAUUUAUUUUUUAGAAAUUAAUAUAUAAUAGUAUGAAUUACUCCAUAAUUUAUAAGAAAAUGGAUUUUAUAAGGACAUAGCAAACCAUUUAUUUUAAUGUUCAACGUCCUGGUACUAGUAUUUUAAUUUAAUUAUAAUAGUAUAAUGAGCGACAUAAACAAUGUAUCCGGAAACCGAAGGUGUUCAUUUGAAGGUAUAGAGCCUCACAGAAAAAAAUCCAAAGUUUCUGAAUUACUGUCCCAAGUUAUUGGAACCCAGGAGGUUAUAACAAGCCAGACAACAAAUUAUUUUGCCAAAUUACCACAUGAGGUAGUUUUAUGUAUAUUUAAGUACUUGGACUUCCAAAGCAUUUCCAAGUGUGCACUACUAUGUAGGAGUUUUUGGUUAGCCUCUCAAGAUGGUAUUUUAUAUCAGAAAGUUUGUUUAAAGUAUUCUUAUCAUCCAAAACAUAUUGAGUCCUAUGUUUCAAAAAUAUCAUUUCCAAAGAAGCUUCAAAUCAUUUACAAGCAUUAUGAUAAGGGAAAACCACCAGAUGACUAUUCUCAUUUUGAUAAUCAAAUCAUAAAAUUAUUAAAUAAGUGUGGAGGGUGUGUUGUUUCCUUAUAUGUAGAAAAUUGUAGAAGUGAAGAGGUAUCUUUACAGCUCUCAAAAUGUAGUAAUUUAAGAAAAUUACAUUUACUGAGAUGCAAAGGCUCAUUUAGAACACUGCCAGAAUUACAUAACUUAACUAAUCUAAGAUUUUGUCUAUGUGAAGUUCCUGUGUUUAUAGUAGGAGAAUUGCUUAAGAGUAACCAACGUUUAAGAAUUCUUAGUUUGACCGACACGACGAAUCUCCAGACAAACACAAUUGCCGAUAUAAUUGGAAAUUAUAAUCCACAAAUGGAAAAAUUGUAUAUAUGCGAAAAAAGAAAAGUUAGAGCAAAAGGCUUAAGAUCGAUAGCCAAGUGUCCAAAUUUACGUGUUUUGGAGUUAACGGGGGGCCCCUUUCACUGCGAUCCGGAAGACUCCUUGCAACAGUUGGCUGCAGGAUGUACAAAACUUGAAAAGCUUGCAAUAUACGGUUGGAAAAGUAUAACUGAUGAAAAUCUUGAGCCAAUUUUACAAACAUGUACCCAGCUAAAAGUUCUGGACUUACGAGGACUUAAUAUAACUGUAAGAAGUUGUCGAGAAGCAGCUCUAUCGUUACCAUUCCUUAAAACACUAGACGUGUACAAGUGUAGUAGAAUAAAAAAGGCUCAGCUCGUUAAAUUAAAUAAAGAAUUUCCAGAAAUAAAUAUUACUAAUUAACGAGAAUACGAGAUAAUUAAUAGAAUUACCAAUAUUUGCUUUAAACUGUGAGGAGGUGCAGCGGUGAUACAAUGUCGAUAUUAAAAGCACAAAAAGCGUUGUUUUUUUCUCUAUUAAUACAUUUCUUGAAAUAGUUUUUUGAAUUUUUUCGUUUAAUUGUUUGUGUACUUCUUUUAUAUGCCGACUACUUAACUUUUGUUUAGAUAUAAAACUUAAUUACGUACUUAAUUUUUCUCAUAUAAUGACGCUGAUGUGUUAUGUUUAAAGUGGUUUUAAUUACAUUGUAGUAUUUUGUUUUUUCAGUUGUAGCAUCCUAUAACAUUACUUUGUAAAAAUGUAAAUUAUUUGUAAUUAAAGGACUGCAUUUUGUACUCAUAUUUCCAAAUAGACAAAUAUUUGUUAUUGAAAAAGAAAUGUAUAUUUUGUGCAGUAUUUUAUUUACUGUGAAAAAUGAAUUGCAUCGAUUCCGUUGUAUUUAGUUAGAUUGA